AUGGCUCUGCUGGACCAACAGUUCAUGGAUACCGCUUCUACUGGACUACGUUGCCACAACUACUGCGUGUCCAAGGUCGUUCCGGAGAAUGUCCAGAUUUUGUUCGUGCAGGUAGAGCAUUGCUCGUCCCAAGUGUUUGAAAGCUUUCUUAAGUCUCCACUCGGGCGGAAGUUCAGCAGGGUGUUUGUAGACGAAUUCCACGACAUCAUGAACUGUCAUCCAGGCCGUGUUGUUCCAUGGAAAAAUCUCGCGCAGCAUUUUGGAAAGACGCUCAUCAGGAUCGUUCUUAUGACAGGGACGGGACCACCGCACCGUGUCGCAAAUUUCAUCAAACCAUUCGGCCUGCAUCCUGGCCUCGUCACCGAAGUACGAUCAGAUACAAACCGUCCAGAGAUCGGGAUGCAUGUCAUACGUAUUCAGCCUAUCGCAGCCAUGCAGUCUCUGGGACACCUCGUCUCCGCUUUAUGCAAACGACUUACUGAGGAGGAACAUAUUCUGGUGUUCUGUGGCUCCCAGGGCGACACACAAGCAUUCACAGUGAAGGCCAAAUGUGCCAUUUAUCAUAGCGAUCUCUGGGAGGCUAAAAAUAACAGAGCAUCUAACCUUCCUUGCUAG